AUGCUGCUGCUCCUGCUCCUGGCCCUGGCUGCAGCCUGGUCUCAUGGGCAAGCACAAGGGCUUCUGAGGCAGAUGCGAGCAUCCAUUACCAGAGAGCGAACUACAACUGCACAGAUCGAGUGUGUAUUUGAGGGUGUGUCAAGGGAUUUUUUCCGAGGUCUCUAUGUACACUGGUACCGGCAUCUACCUGCCAGACCUCCCGAAUGGAUUCUGUAUAUGCAAACAGGUCAAGCUCAUUAUGAUAAAGAUUCCUAUAAGAACAAGUAUUCUUCUUCGAAAAAAGGCCCUAACAUCUGCACUUUCACCAUCAGUAACAUCAACCCCAAUGAUGAAGGCACCUACUACUGUGCCUACUGGCAGAACCACAGAACUAGCAAACCCCAGGUAGCCUAUGGAGACACAUGGACAGUGCUGGUGCAGACCCCAAAGCUCCAAACGCAGAUGCAGGGCACAUCCACCAAAAUUGUGUGCCAAUUGCGAGCUGAAGUCAUCAUGCAUUGGUACAAGCAUCUUCCUGGACAGCCACCAACAAGGAUACUACAAGCAAACAUGCUGCUGCUGGCAGCACUUGUGGCCACAGCCUCCUGGUCUUAUGGAUUUGCACAAGUAUAUCCAGUGCAGAGCCCGAUAUCCAUUACCAAGUCCCAAAGAAGUGCACGAAUGAUAUGUGAAAUUAAAAUUUCAGAGGCAAUGUUUGAAGGCUUAUCCAUACACUGGUAUCAGCAGAAAGAGGGUAGAGCUCCAGAGAGGAUCCUGUACGUCUCAGAAGGGAAACCUGUAGUUGAAACUGGCUUUACAGCAAACAGGUACAUGGUUGAAAAAGUUUCUAGCCAGAAACGAUUUAUUCUUACAAUUAAAGAUGUAAUUCCAGAUGACGCUGCUACUUACUACUGUGCUUACUGGGACACUCACCACAAAGUAUUUGGAAGUGGAACUAAGCUUAUUGUUUCAAGCAAAGGACAUUCUCCACCAGCAAACUCUGAAAUCCUGAAGAAGGAACAUGAAAAUCAGAUAACUUAUGUUUGCCUUGUUGAGAAAUUCUACCCAGAAGUGAUUCGGGUGACUUGGACCGAUGAAAAUAACGAGGAGGUAACAGACAGUGUAGUAAAAGGAGACACCUGGAAGGCCACAGAAAAUGAGGAAUACUCAAUUGGCAGCUGGCUAACUGUACCAGUGAAAAACAAAGACAAAAAAUAUUACUGCAAAUACGAGCAUGAAAGCCAAGAUCGUUCACUGCCGACACGAGACUAUUCUACAAGGACUGGUACUCAGGAAGAGGACUGCAACACAUCUGGAAACAGCACAGUUUUUUAUAGAGAUCACAUUAUACACAGGACGGCGUAUUUAGUGUACAUCGUCCUUCUUUUGAAGAGCUCCAUGUACUAUCUCAUCGUACUCUUCUUGAUCUACAGAAUGUGGGCUGUCACCAAGCACCAAGGAAAGAAAGCGUAA